GGUUCGAGACGUCGUCGCAUGCAUUCCGGCUUCAAGCUUCGACUCGGUGUCUGCCUAUCACGUCACUCGGAUCCCAUCUCUCAACGAACGCACACGCAAGCACAGCCCGCUCGACAACGCGCACCCCAAACAACCCUACUUCUGACUGGGCUUUUGUGCAGGGACAGCGCGCAUAGCAAUAACACCCGUCAUGGCAGAUUCGAAUGCUCCCAAACCAAGCAGCAGCGUCAAGCUGGUGCUUCUCGGAGAAGCUGCCGUCGGCAAGUCGUCUCUUGUUCUCCGAUUUGUCAACAACGACUUCCAAGAGAACAAGGAGCCGACAAUAGGAGCCGCCUUUUUGACACAAAAAUGCAACCUGCCUACGCGAACCAUCAAGUUUGAGAUUUGGGACACGGCAGGCCAAGAGCGGUUCGCAUCCCUCGCGCCCAUGUACUACCGCAACGCACAAGCGGCCCUGGUCGUCUACGACUUGACGAAACCAACGUCCCUCAUCAAGGCCAAGCACUGGGUUGCCGAGCUGCAACGGCAGGCAUCUCCGGGCAUCGUCAUUGCCUUGGUCGGCAACAAGCUCGAUCUCACGAACGACGAAGCGGGGGCCGGUGGCGACGCUGAGGAUGUUGGAGCGGAGGAGUCUGGCGAUGCGAGGAAAAUUAGCACCGAGGAGGCCAAGACGUACGCAGAAGAAGAGGGCCUGCUGUUCUUCGAGACCAGCGCGAAGACGGGCUACCAUGUCACCGAGGUCUUCACCGCUAUCGCCAACGCGAUCCCUGAGACGUCCCUGAAGACGGCUCGUGGGCCGGGCGCAGCGCACGCGGCCAGCCGGACGGAAGAGCAGAGGGUGAACCUUAACGGGCCACGGGAUUCGAACGCAAAGGAGACGUGUGUUUGCUAAUGGCAGUCGAUGGGCGUCGGUAGCGUGGGACCGAGUUGCGUUACCGGACGGGGUUCGGUCCUUCGUGGUUCUUUCAAUGGGAGUGGUCGGUCAUAUUGGGCAGGUCAUCAGGAGUAACUAAUUCUUUGGUCAUUCCGUUUCUAGUCAUUUAUUCUUAUCAACUAGCGCUCUUUUGCCCUCUUAGAUGCCGCAUGCAUGGUGCUGAGAAGACAGCAUCUGCUAACGCAGCUGGAGACGCUGAGCGAUUUCUAAUUGCAACAACUAGCUGCGUCCAUUCAUUCUUUUCGUGGUAGCUUGGGCUCUGGAGAGCACCUUAGAAAUGCUGGAGCACCUCGCCUUACUGUAUGCUGAAACCGGCAUAGACAGUGCAUAACAAUGUGGCAUUAGCUGGCUACCGUGCCCU